CGGAAAUAUGAAGAAGAAAACCAGCAGCGGUGAGAAGCUGUGUAUUUUAGAGAAAUGGCUGCCUCUGGAAAAAUUGCAUCUUUCCGCUUGCCUCCCUUGCCCACUGUCGGCGAGCUCAUAAAGCUGUAUAGCUUGAGAGCAGAGAAACAGCUUUCUCAAAACUUUCUUUUGGACUUGAGGCUCACAGACAAACUAGUGCGGCAGGCAGGAAAUUUGAAUAAUGCCCAUGUGUGUGAAGUUGGUCCGGGUCCUGGGGGCUUGACCCGGUCCAUUCUGAAUGCCGGGGCAACGGACCUGCUUGUGGUGGAGAAGGAUUCACGCUUCAUCCCUGGAUUAAAGCUGUUGUCUGAAGCUGCACCAGGCAGGUUGAGGAUUGUCCAUGGUGACAUUCUUACCUACAGAAUGGACAGAGGGUUCCCAGGAAGCAUUUGUCAGCCGUGGGAGGAGGAUCCACCAAACCUUCACAUCAUAGGCAAUUUACCCUUCAGUGUUUCCACGCCGCUGAUCAUCAGCUGGCUGGAAAACAUAGCCAACAGGACCGGGCCUUUUGCUUAUGGACGCACCCAACUCACGCUCACCUUUCAGAAGGAGGUUGCACAGAGGUUGACAGCCAGCACAAAGAGCAAACAGAGGAGCCGUCUGUCCAUCAUGGCGCAGUAUCUCUGCACCGUCCACCACUGUUUCACCAUCCCGGGAAAGGCCUUUGUCCCCAAACCAAAGGUGGACGUUGGAGUUGUUCACUUCACCCCUCUGGUUCAGCCGCACAUCCAGCAGCCCUUCAAACUGGUGGAGAAAAUUGUCAGGAAUAUAUUCCAGUUCCGCAGAAAGCAUUGCCACAGAGGAAUCGGAAUGUUGUUCCCCGAGGCGCGUCGCGACGCAUUCACAGAGGAGCUGAUGUGCAAGGCGGAUGUGGAGCCCACCAUGCGCCCCAUCGAACUCACCAUCCCCCACAUUAAGGCGCUGGCGGACGUCUAUGCUGAGAUGUGCGCCCGGGAGCCGCUUCUGCUGGGCUAUGACUUCCGAGAAGAGCUCCGGCUGAAACACCUUGACAAGCAGAGAGCAACACUGAAGGCCGUGCCGAGGGGAACGGCGCCAAGCCCCGAGUGACCAAACAGAACAGGACAAAGAGCAGAAAGCCCAGCAGGGCUCAGUUAGUGCAGCUCUUGUAGCCUUGACAUUUCCACCUGGCAGUGGCGUGCAUUUUUGACACUGUUUUGCGCGCAUCCAAGAGUACCGACUGGUUGUUUUUUUGGAAGCUAACGAGCAGAUUGCCCAAAAUGCAAAAUGGUCACAUUAUCUCACAAAAGUGAGUACGUACACCCCUCACAUUUGUUCAAGUAUUUUAUGUUUUCCGGGCACAACACUGAAGAAAUUGAUGCUGCAAUAUAAAGAAGGGAAUGUUGAACUGGAAUAAAAUCAUGUAAAUUUCAUGUCCAUUCAAAAUAACACGACACAAAUGUCUAAACCACUGGCAACAAAAGUGACUACACCCCAAAGUGAAAAUGUCCAAAUUGGACAUGAAGUGUCAAAAUUUAGUGUGACCACCAUGGAUUUUUUGAAUUGGCUCCAAGAGGCUGUUUAUUGAAGGAACCGAUAAAGAGGAGCUUGGUCCAAUGGUGGCCGUGUUUCACGGCUUGCUCAUGUUCACCCUGAUGAGGUAUAAAUUACAUGGCGGCAGCAGAUCCAUUUGUUUGUUUGGUUUCCAGUGUGAUGU